AAUCAAGAAACAUAGCAGCACUAGUACAGUAGAAGAAAGAACCCUUCCCCGUCUCUAACGGUGCUCCUUUAUUCUUGUCAGCCCAUAUUCUCAGUACCCUCUGGAAAAAAAAAUAAGACACAGAAAAAACAGAUUUUUAUAAGUUUUAUGUAGUUUUUACACAUACCUAUGUACUAAAUAUGAACUAGUUGGUAACAAGGGGUAGUGUGAAAAAGAGGGAGCUUUUAAAGUUCUAUGUACAACUUUAAGUGAAGUUGGUGUCUUAGUAAAAACAAGAAAAGAAGAAAAAAUAUAAGGAAAGAAAGAAACAGCUUCAUUGUCAUAUCAAAACUGAACCCUUUUAGUUAUUCUUGAAAAGGUUCAAGAAGAUAUAUUGAUUGUGGUUGCCACUUAGAUUUCUAUUUUAUUUGGAUUAAGAUUGGUUCAAAAGAAUGCCCUUUUGGGUUGAUUGAGGUGAAAAGAUUGAAUCUUUGGUUCAAAAGAAUGCUCUUUUUGGUUGAUUGAAGUGAAAAAGAUUGAAUCUUUGGACACCAUUAUUGAUGACUGUGGUUCAAAGGUUAUUUGUUAUCCUGGAGUCCCUGAAUUUUCUUGUGUAUGGGAGUGAGUGGUAGCUUUAAAUAUGGAUCUCCGGGAUGAAAGCUCCAGAUUUGGCUCAUUACCAAGCACGACGUCAAGAAACUUAUCUUCGUCAUCUUCAACCUUCUUUUCUGCGAACCAGUCGCCCUUCUUCUCUCCCAGGUCACCCAAGUCCCUGAUAUCAACAUAUUCGGAUAAUCAAUUUCGUGAUAGCGAUGUUACUUCUGGUGCCUUAGAUGCUAGUUUGGGCAUUCCGGGUCCAGAAUCAUUUGCAAAUGCCAGGUUGUCGGAUGCUUAUCCCGUUGCGUUAGCUAGUGCAGUUAAUGAUCUUCAGAAGUUGGAUUUUGCGUCUUCUUCGACGUCAAUUUCUAAGAGCACUAUAGCGAGUUAUAACAUUGGCCCAGAACAUGAAUAUUUGCGACCUAGAGGCAAGCAGAAAAAGAGUGGGAGAACACAGGAAACUUGUGUUACUCCAACAUCAACUUCCUCCUUAUCCAACAGAGUGAGGAGCUGUGAUGUGUACAUUGGUUUUCAUGGCCGCAAACCUUUACUGCUCAGAUUCAUGAAUUGGCUCCGUGCUGAGUUAGAAAUCCAAGGGCUAAGUUGCUUCGUUUCUGACAGAGCGAGGUGCCGAAAUUCCAGAAAACAUGGCAUGGUUGAGAGAGUAAUGGAUGCUUGUACAUACGGAGUUGUGAUCUUAACAAAGAAAUCGUUCAGGAAUCCAUAUACCAUAGAGGAGCUGCGCUUCUUCUCUAGCAAAAAGAAUUUGGUGCCUGUGUACUUCGAUUUGCGUCCAGAGGAUUGCCUUGUUCGAGAUAUAAUUGAGAGAAGAGGAGAGCACUGGGAAAAACAUGGUGGUGAACUUUGGCUUCUAUAUGGGGGAUUGGAGAAGGAGUGGAGAGAUGCCGUCAAUGGUCUUUUGCGUGUCGAUGAAUGGAAACUAGAGGCUCAUGAUGGCAGGUGGAGGGAAUGCAUAUUGAGGGCUGUAACCCUAUUGGCAUUAAGGUUAGGGAGGCGAAGUGUUGUGGACAGACUGUCCAAAUGGAGGGAGAAGGCAGAAAAGGAGGAGUUUCCUUUCCCUCGAAAUGAAAAUUUUGUUGGUAGAAAGAAGGAGCUGUCCGAGCUCGAGUUUCGGCUUUUUGGUGAUGUUAGCGGGGAUGCAGAGAAAGACUAUAUUGAACUAAAGGCUAGACCCAAGCGGAAGAACGUGACAAUUAGUUGGAGUCGGAGCAACUCGAUCAAUGAAAGACGAUUUGAGCGGCCUAGUGACAGCAAGAAGAAAGGUAAAGAGCCAAUGACAUGGAAGGAAUCUGAGAAAGAGAUUGAAAUGCUAAAUGUUGAGGUUUCUCAUACUCAGCAGCAUACACCAAAGCAAAUGAAUACUAGGAAGCAAGGAAAGCGAAGCAGAUCCUUGAAAGUUGUCUAUGGAAAGGGCAUUGCUUGUGUAUCUGGGGAGCCAGGAAUUGGCAAGACAGAGCUACUGCUCGAGUAUGCAUAUCAAUUCCAUCAGCGCUACAAGAUGGUCCUUUGGAUUGGAGGUGAAAGCAGAUACAUUCGACAAAACUACUUGAACUUGUGGUCGUUUUUAGAAAUUGAUGUGGGGGUAGAAAGCUCACCUGAAAAAAGCAGGAUAAAGAGCUUUGAAGAGCAAGAAGAGGCUGCUGUAGCUAGGGUUAGGAAAGAACUUAUGCGAGACAUUCCGUUCUUGCUGGUAAUUGAUAACUUGGAGAGUGAAAAGGACUGGUGGGACCACAAACUUAUAAUGGAUUUGCUUCCCCGUUUUGGGGGUGAAACACAUGUUCUCAUAUCCACGCGUCUCUCUCGGGUGAUGAACAUGGAUCCAAUCAAACUUAAUUAUCUGUCAGAGAUUGAGGCAAUGUCUUUGAUGCAGGGCGCUGUGAAGGAUUACCCGAUUGCUGAAAUUGAUGCUUUGCGAGUUAUUGAGGAAAAACUUAAAAGACUGACACUUGGCCUUGCUAUUGUUGGAGCUAUUCUUUCUGAACUUCCUAUAAAUCCUAGCAGGCUCUUGGAUACCAUCAACCGUAUGCCUUUGAAGGAAAUAAUCUCGAUUCGUCGGGAAAACCAUCCACUGAGGCGAAACAAUUUUCUUUUGCAACUUUUUGAAGUUUGUUUCUCGAUAUUUGACCAUGCUGAUGGACCAAGAAGUCUAGCAACAAGAAUGGUUCUCGCAACCGGUUGGUUUGCUCCAUCAUCUAUUCCAGUUUCUCUAUUAGCUCUGGCUGCUCACAAGAUACCGGAGAAAUACCCACGAAGGAGGAUGUUGAAGAAAGUUUUAUGUUCUUUAACUUGUGGUUUCUCAUCAUCAUAUGCUAGGAAAUCAGAGGCAGAAGCAUCUUCUCUUUUGUUGAGAUUCAACAUAGCAAGGACUUGUAGAAAGGAAGGCUACAUUCAGUUCCACCAGCUUAUCAGAAUGUAUGCUCGAAAAAGAGGGGUCAUCGGAGUUGCACAAGCCACAGUACAAGCUGUUGUUAGUCGCGGUUUAAUAGCCCAGCACUCUGAACACAUAUGGGCAGCAUGCUUUUUGCUCUUCGGAUUUGGGAGUGACCCGAUGAUAGUUGAGCUUAAAGUUUCUGAAUUGCUGUUUCUCGUGAAAGAAGUGAUUCUACCACUUGCCAUUCGAACAUUUAUCACAUUCUCACGCUGUAGUGCUGCUCUAGAACUUCUACGACGUUGUACAGAUGCAUUAGAAGCGGCAGAUCAAGCAUUUGUCACUCCUGUUGACAAGUGGUUGGAUAAAUCACUUUGUUGGAGACCUAUCCAGACAAAUGCUCAAUUAAAUCCUUGCCUUUGGCAGGAACUUGCUUUAUCAAGAGCGACGGUGCUCGAGAUCAGGGCAAAAUUAAUGUUAAGAGGUGGACAGUUUGAUAUCGGUGAUGAUUUAAUCAGGAAGGCUAUUUUCAUUAGAACUUCAAUCUGCGGCGAGGACCAUCCCGACACCAUAUCUGCUCAUGAAACUCUCAGUAAACUUACAAGACUCCUUGCUAGUGUUCGAAAUCAUACAUCAAAUAGAAGUUAAUUGUUUUAGAGUAGUUUAGCUAGAAUUAUAGAGAGUUAUUGGAAUAAGCUGGUUUAAUAGUUCAUAGGAUAGAAUUUUUUAUAUUAAUGAGUAGCCAUACAUCUUAUUCAAAUUAUUUCCAUGUCUUUUUGGUAUGCAAAUAUCAUUUCCGUUUUUGUCUCUGAUGUUGCUAUUCUUAUCCUGCUUCCUGUUUAUCGUAUGUCUUUUACUUCUGCUUUCUGUUUGUUAGAUCUUUCUUCUAUUAACAGGGUUUGGAAAUAAUGUACUCAGCCACUGAAAUUUAUUAAUGGUUAGGUAUUCCAUUCUUAGAAGAUUUUAUAUCAUUAUCCUCUUCAAAAGGAAAGAAUAGCUAAACCCAGCUAAUUUAGAAUUGAAAGCAAAUGCCAGUCUCCAUACUACUUGUUACUUUCUUACGUUGUUACCCGCAAAAGAAAGAAAUACUUUUUCCUAUCACGGAAACCUGAAUAGUAUAAUACAGUUUCUUCAAGAACUUGUGAUGUAUGGCUAGUGUGAGAACUUGGCUGGCGUAGAUAAUAUGCAGAAGAUGUUCAGCACCUCGAGACAUUUCAAAGUAGCAAAAUUUGUCAGAAAGUCAGAAUCCUUUCACUUGAAAUGAGCAAGGUUUUGGGUAAGACUUUAUCACCAUAAUAUUUGCUCCAAGUAUGUUUCUAUUCCUUAUAACUGUUGCUGCUAAGUAUUAUCUAUGCAUUUUGCGAGAUUUCCCCAUCUCUGUUUCCAAGACUCGCUAAAUGACACUUAUCAGCUAAACCACACAAAUUGGAGAUGUCUUGCUAGUUGGCCGAAUUCUUAUCUAGUUCUAUCUGGUCUCUGAAAGAUUUUUUUACACUUGGAUUGAAAAAUAGUUAAUUGUCUUUAUACUAGUCUUCAAUGUCUCUAGAAUUCCAGAUAAGAUAUUAGAUGCACUGUCAGGAUUAUAUUUAUAACUUGCUUGAUUUAUCUUGAAAAGCAGCUGGUUCUUAGAUCUUGUGGGACCGAGCUUUAAGUGAAAUUCCGUCCAAUAACUAAUAAGUAGUUCGAUCAAAGACUAGAUUUCAAUAAUCAUGUUUUGAAGGGUCAAGAAAAUGUGCUGCGGCAAGUGCAUUGUUCAUGCAGACUUAACUAGCUAAGAAAGACUCCCUUUUUGUUACCAACCUUCUUCCCUUGCUUGGUGUUUUAGGUCUUCUUAUCCAAGCGGACACUUUCGAAUUAUUUAUCCUUUUGAGAAACUUUUCUUUUACUAGACAUGCCCAAGUCACUAUGAGAUAAUUCUUAAACAUGCUACAAGUUGCUAUUAAACAUUAUAAGGUGAAGGCAUAGCAUGUAGCUGCAUUAUUAAAAAAAAAUUAGAACAAUAUCGGCCUUUGCAGUACUCUUCUUUUAUUUGGCUACAAGGAAGUAAAUGCGUUGUUCAUCCAUUCUUUAAUGUUGACAUGGAAGCCUAUACUUGUCGAAGAUAAAAGUAGUCGUGUGCCUUAUCUGUGACUUUGCUGGUGUUUUGUAUCAGCUAUUGUACUUUUACCUCGAUGUCAUUUCAGGAUCUUUCUGGAUAAUUCAACAAGACCUGCACAGUUUAUGGCUCUUGAUAUUGGUCACAAUAUCUCUUAUUAGACAGUUUGGCCAGUCAAGCUUAAACAUUUUUUGCUGACUGACCGGCUAUCAUGGCCUGAGCCGAGGGUCUACCGUCUUAAAGGUAGGGGUAAAGUCUGCGUACAUACUACCCUCCCCAGUCCCCACUUGUGGGACUACACUGGGUAUGUUGUUGUUGACCGGCUAUCAUGGAGUCACAGGAGUCGGGCUAGAAAAGGACUUGUAUAGUCAUUGCAAUAUGAUUUGGUCUUAUGCUGGAUCCAGAGAAGGUAGUUAUGUGGAAUUGUUGGCUUUAUUUUCUAUAAUCAGUACUGGAUUCUUGUUUUCUGUUCAUCUAACAUCUUUUGGUUUGAAGAUUAAACGGUUGCUUCAUUCUUACGUCAAGAUGGAUUACUACCUCAAAGUUCCGGUGUACAAAAGUUGAGCUGAAGUUGCACUAGAACUUGUGGAAAAUAUGAACAUGGGCAUUAUUAUUCAAGAGAUAAUAGCUUAAGAGUGAGGUUCUCAAAUGAACUUCGGAACUUGGGACAACUCCGCGGAUGGUCUUCAUACAGAACUUCAGAAAUGCAUGUUGUUGGUCUCAAGCAGUCUUCUAAGCCACCUCCUUUUCCAUCAGAAUCCUAGGAACAAUGCCUCCUUCCUAGGAUGGCGACAUCUGUAUAAUCUACUCAAAUCACUUACCUCUGCGAUUCGAUAUCUGCACGAGGGAAUGAGAUGAACAAGUCCUACAUGCAUCACAUUAUCUGCCAUCAUUAUCUAUCCAGAUAUGAAUCCAAGGCUUGGUUUCUUUGCUCUUGCUGAAUUCUUGACUAGAAAUGAGCAUGGCCAUCAUGUUGAUAAAAACAGAUCAGUUUGAGGAAUUUUUGGUUACAUGUCAGCAUGGCAUAUGAGCCGAGGGUCUAUCGAAAACAAUCUCUUUACCUUCACAAGGUAGGGGUAAGGUCUGCGUACACAUUACCUUCCCCAGAGCUCACUUGUGAGAUUACACUGGGUUUGUUGUUGGUGGUGUUAUGUCAGCAGGUCAUAUGGAUUGGUGAAACAACAAGAAUGGCUGAUGUUUAUAGCUUUUGUAUAGUGCUGCUUGAGGUAGUCAGUGGUCAGAUGGCAGUAGAUUUUCGACAUGAAUUCUUAGGGGUCGUUUGGUAGGAUAUAUUAGGGAAAAUAAUACAUGUAUUAGCUUUGGUAUUAUUAUUCCCUUGUUUGGUAGUUUUUUUCAACCUAUGUAUAACUAUUAGUUAUACACCUUAUUUAGU